AUGUCGGCGGGAAGUGUUAUUUCCAGCGUUUUUUUCUCCAUCCUCUCCUUGGCGGCGGCGCUAUUGAUCUUCUGGUACUACACAAAGAUAUCCGCGAAAAGUAUACCGGUGCUCUGUCGUGUGUGCAGCGUUGUUGCGCUCUUUUCCACCAUUCUGCCGUUUCCACUUCUUGUGGUGGAUAUCAACGCCGCCCUCGACACCAAGGCGAACCCUGCGUUGCCAAAGGAGACGUGGAUGAUUGGUGUGUGGUACACCAUUGUGGCGGUAACGUACAUUAUGGGCUGGGCCGUGCUGCCCGUGUCGCAGCUCUACACACAGGUGGGGGAGUUUGUCCCCCGGCGAAAGCUCAAACACGCGAUAAGGGCAAAUUUGAAGCUUUAUGCCAUAUACCUGAUCGUCAUCGUUGUGCUGUUUGGCUACAUUGUCUUCCUCAAAAGGGCGUACGGCUCCUUUUCCAGCAUUCUGAAGCUUGCGAUUUCCCUGGCGAAUGCCUGGGGGCUGAUUCUGCUGGUGCUGUUCAUGUCGGCUGGUUUGGUGGGAGUGCCAAAGAUGCUCUGGCGGAGCUCUGACGCGGUGCGGAUGCUGCGCCGCGCCUACUUCAAGGCGGUGGACAUCCAGGAGGACUUGGACAUAGCCGCCAUGGAGCUGGCCGAGAUCAAGGCCGAGCUCAUGAUGAUUCACCCCAUGGUGGCGGAGGAGCACAGGGCGCACUGGACACACAUGAUGGAGAAGAUCGCCAACGCCGACCGCGACAUACCGCAGUACCACUCCGCAAGUGCACGUGUGAAGCGGACGACGGGGGACCAACACACGGAUGUUUCUCUGGCGCACUUGGAGGUGCUCCACGAGCGUGUCAAGUACUCCAUCAAGAUCGCGCUGCGCAUGAAUCACCUCUGGGACACCACCUUGCGCAACUGCCUGUCGUACGAUGAGUUGGUACGUGGGGUGAAGUCCAGCAAUAACCCGCUCAAGCGGUGUUGGUUUUCUGUGCGAGGCAUUUUCUACAAGGUGGCUGCUAUGUGCACCUGCGUCCUCACCCUCCUGGUGCUUUGGAGCGAACUUGUGCUGCCGUUCCAGCCGCUGACGAGCAAGCAGCUUUCUGUUAUUGCCCUGGCCAUGCGGAGUGACUUCCAACUUGUGGGAUCGAUGAUGUUUAUGUUUUACAUGGCCUACUGCUCCUACUGGGCCAUCCUGCAGCUCAAGGUGUUUGACAUAUACCUCAUGCUUCCCAGCAUCUCUGAUAACGCGUCGCUGUGUUUUAGCAUUAUAUUUUUGGCGCGACUUAUUAUGCCACUGGGCUUCAACUUUUUGUUGAUCGCCGGCCUCGUGGCGGACGACAUCGACGUCAUGUACGGCCACGUCUACCGCCGCAACAUGGAUGUCAGCCUGGUGCUUGGCUCCUGGCUCAACCAGUUCAUCCCAAUGUUUAUCCCCUUCUUCGCGGCGCUGGUGCUGCUGAAGCUCGAGAAACGCCUGCUACUCAUCGUUGGUGUCGAGACACACAACCCCGACGACGUGAUGAGCAACGCGGUGCGGCAGCGCAUCGAGGACGGGCACCGGCUCGUGGCGCACGCCCUUGGGCAGCCGCUGACGGCGCUCGACCUCGGAGGUCUGGGGAUCCCGUCGAGGGAAUCGGCGGCGACGGCGGCGGCGGCGCACGCCACAACCUCCCCCGCAACGGGGCAGCCGCGACCAGCGGAGCGCGGGCAGCGCUACAGGGAGUAUUUGGCGCGACGAAAGGCCAUGGAAGAGGGCGGGCCCGUUUGA